AUGAACCAGGCCUUUUGGAAAACCUACAAGUCCAAAGUGCUACAGACCCUGAGUGGGGAAUCUGAGGAGGACCUGGCAGAGGAGAGGGAGAACCCAGCUUUAGUGGAGUCUGAGACAACAGAACCUGCUGAGGAGGCCUUCAGUCCCGUGUCACAGCUGGCCCGCAGGGUUCAGGAAGUCGGGGUGAAAGGCUGGCUGACAAUGUCAUCUCUGUUUAACAAAGAAGAUGAGGACAAGCUGCUGCCACCAGAGCCCUGUGCUGACCACCCUCUGGCCGCGCAGCCCACCUCGCAGGCGGGGGCCACCGAGGCAGAGGCGCGCGGCACGGGAUUCUGGGAUGCGUUCGCCAGCAGGUGGCAUCAGCAGCAGUCCAUGCUGCGGGGCGCCGAACCCACCCCGAAUGCGGACCCGGAGCCCCAGGACCAGGCCAAGGAGGAGGCUAACGAGCGCCCGGAGCCUCGGGAGGUGGACCCCGCGGCCGGCUUCAAGUGGGAUUUCCUCACCAACAAACUGGCCGAGAUGAGGGUGAAGGCCGUGCCCAAAGGUGACUAG